AUGUCUCCUGCAAUUGCAGCGCCCGCCCACUCCCAGCUGGACCCGUCGCUGCAGCUCUUUACAGACCCGUCGUUCGACCCGGCCGAUUUCCUCAACGAUUCGCUUCCUCCGUUGACCUUGUCCAACUCGCAGCCGCAUGCCUCGCGAGCGCCGGCCGCCGUGCCCUUGACCGCCCUCUCCUCGCGCAUCCAACCCCUCCUCUCUCAGAUCGGCUCGCAGAAUGUUCGCCUGUCGAGUAUCCUAACCCAAAUCACCGAUGAAAUCUUGCGGAGCGGGGGCCGACUUGCCUAUGAAGUCGAAGUCCUGCGCGGCGAAUCGAUCGCGCUCUCAGAUGCUUUGGCUGAGAAUUUAUCGGCCGACAUUGCCAGCUUUGCCCCGGGGCUAGCAAAUCUAACGGAGCCCGUAAAAGAGGCCACAAAAGAGGUUUCAAAGACUACGGAGGAGGCUACAGAUGAGAGCGCAGAGGGAACCGCAGAAAAGGUCGUCGCUGAGGAGGAUGCUGUUGAAGAAGAAGAAGAAGAAGAAGACGGAGACGAAGACGCUGCUGCUGGAGAGGAGGAUACUGCUACGAGAGAACCACUAUUCAUUACACAGCUACGGACUCUGAGCAAGGUGCGCGCACGGCUGGAAGAGGUCGUCCAGACCUUUGGCGAUGCCAUGGAGUGGCCGCUGCCUCCAUCCGAGCUGUCGCUAACCUCGUCCUUUAUUUCUGUUUCGGCACCAGAGGCAGGGUCGGAGAGCUACAGCCGCGAGGAGCGAGGGCAAGAGGUCGCCAAAAAGCUACGCACCGAGAUCACCGAGCUGCUCGACAGCAGGGGGGGCGGCGAGGACGGGCUGGCGGCCGCCACCGAGCGACUGCAACUCCUGCGCACCCUGGGACAAGUGUGGAAAGGGACGUCGGAAGAAAAGGCGCGCAAUCGCUUCCUCGACAGCCUUGCGAAAAGCGUCGAGGACCGGCGCAGGGCCCUAGACAGCCAACGGGCCAAGAAGAGCCGAGUACCGACGACGCAGGCAGUAGACGAGGCGUCGGCCAGCGACACGGGGGGGUCUGGUGGAGGGCUGUUUCGCAAUCUGCAGCGUAUCCGCGACGAAAUCUACAUGGAGUAG